CCCAAGGACGCAAUGCGAGGGAUCAGCUGUGGCUCGUGCGCGUACAGGCAACAAGUGGAUUUGCUGAUUUUGAGUGAAAUAGUUACUUUAAAGAUCACAUUAUGAAGAUAAAUAAAUGCGUUUAGACACAUAUAUAGUUAAACCCGUGUCCCGCGUGUGUUAGAUACGUGUAAAGGAGCCGUUAAAGUAGAGUUCGUGUUCUGAUAGCAGCGUUUAACGGGUUUUUUUUACCGUUACGUUUGCGAGGUUUGAUAACAUGCGCGCGCUAUUGUGAGUAACGUACAGGUGUUAUUAUUACAGGUGAAUAUGACAGAAAAGUACAGUAAUAAGUCUGAGUUUAUGGUGUGUGACUCUGGAUCAGAUGAGGAUAUAUCUGCUGAGGACGGAGGCUCGACAGAAUCAGUCCGCAAGGGAUGUGACCCUCUCGUCUCAACCCAACGCAGCAAGCUGCAGCAGCGGAGAGCUAAACUCAACCAGCAGAUCAACCGAGAGCUUCGUCUGCGCAGCGGAGCUGAAAACCUGUACAGGGCCAGCAGUAAUCAGAAGGUGAAGGAGACUGUUGCAUUAGAACUGAGUUUUGUGAACUCAAACCUUCAGCUUCUCAAAGAAGAACUAGAGGAGCUCAACAGCAGUAUGAACGUCUACCAGACCGAGAGUGAGACAGUCAGUGUUCCCAUGAUUCCACUGGGAUUGAAAGAGACUAAAGAGAUAGACAUGACAGUCCCUCUUCAGGAUUUCAUCAGUGAACAUUACAGUGAGGACGCGUCUCUGUACCUGAACGAGAUCCGGGAUUUUAUGGAACUAAGACAGUCCAUGCGAACUCCCAGCAGGAACGAAGCGGGUCAGGAGCUGCUGAUGGACUAUUAUAACCAGCUCUAUUUCCUGGAUCAGCGCUUCUAUUCACCGCACAGAAGUCUGGGAGUUCAUUUUCACUGGUACGACUCACUGACCGGCGUUCCUUCAGUCCAGAGAGCGCUGGCCUUCGAGAAAGGGAGCGUUCUGUUCAACAUCGGAGCACUUUACACUCAGAUCGGAGCCAGACAAGAUCGCUCGACACUGACUGGCAUUCAGAGCGCUAUCGAUGCUUUCCAGAGAGCAGCAGGUGCGUUUCUCUACCUGCAGGAGAAUUUCUCUCAUGCUCCCAGUCUGGAUAUGAGCAGCCCUGCGCUAAGCAUGCUGGUCCGUCUCAUGGUAGCUCAGGUUCAGGAGUGUGUGUGUGAGAAGGUCAUUCUCAACGUGCAACACAACAACCUGAAUGUGCUUCUGCAAGCCGCCCAGGAGGCAGCGAGGGUAUCAGACGUGUAUUCUCUGGUUCUUCAGGCGAUGUCUGUCGAGUUACUGAAGGACUACGUUCCCUUCUCCUGGAUCUCUAUGGUUCAGGUCAAAACGCAUCAUUUCAGAGCGCUGGCUCAUUACUACACCGCUGUGGCGCUGUGUGACGCCUCAGGCAUGUCUGAUGAAGAUGAGGAUGAAGGUGGAGAGAUUAAAGCUCUCGUACAGGUUCACACCAGACGACCGGAAAAACUCAACCUUCAGGAUCCAGAGGACAAACGGAGACUGGGUAAAGCUCAUCUGCGUAAAGCCAUCAUACGUCACGAGGAAGCCCUGCGUCUUCACGGCGUGUGUAAAAUGCUUCGAAAGAUGGACAUCCUGCAGGAGGUUCUGUCACACGCUCACGCCUGCUCGCUGGAGAAAUACUCGGAGAUUGAUCAGGAAGAUGAUUUCUGUGAGGUCGCAGAGGCUCCAGAGAUCCAGUCUCAUACACAGCAGAAGCCUGACAUUAAAACUCCUGAUUUCAGCGGCGUCAGAGUGACCGAUAUCUUCCAGCGACUGGGGCCGCUGUCUGUGUUCGCCGCACGGAAUCGCUGGGUGCGGCGGCACGCGUGUUUGCUUCGAGGAGAGGCGGGGCUUGGGCUCACGCUUCGAGGUGAUUCGCCGGUUCUGGUUGCUGGGGUGUUGCCAGGGGGAUGUGCCGCGGAGGCGGGGCUCCGUGAGGGCGAUUAUAUCGUGGCUGUGAACGGCGCAGACUGCAGGUGGGCUGAACACGCAGAGGUCAUUCACACGCUGAAGAGCUGCUCAGAAAGAGGACUAGAGCUGGACGUCAUCACUCUACACUCACACGAGGUUGAGAGGAGGAUGAGUCCCUCUCCUGCCGGUGAGAAGGAGUGUCAGUCGGGCAGCCAGAGGAGAGCGGGACGAGAAGACGAGCGCAGAUCCUCCUCGUCUCUGAGGAACUGGAGCUGGAGACUCGGAAGCACCUUCAGUCUUUCCUUUGGUAACUUCAGAGAGAGUGAAUCCAUGUUCUGAAAGCACACGAGGAAAAGAACAGCCCUCUUUUACAGACUAGAGCACGAUUAUGUUUUAGGAGCUGAAGGAAAAUUAGCCGGUUAGCUACAUCAUGUAAAGUUAUUUACAUUAGACACUAUGCUGUAAUAGUCCAGUGUUUUCAGAAAAUAGUGUCUUGCAGCAGCUCCAGAAGGCAUUAAAGGAAUUAGUCGGGUGGCUCUUUGUGUCGUUUAUAUGGGACACAUCCAAAAUAGUUUGACCAGUAGCAUUGUACGUAAUCAACCAAUCGUGGCAUGUGAGAAAGUGGGAUCUACAGAGAAUGAUCGAAACGAUGCAAGUUCGUUUUCACCUUUUAGGCUAAAUAGAAAUCACAGCGAGGAGGUGUCCCGUAGAAAUGGCCUGUAUGGUCACCCUAGGAAUUAGACACGCAAGAAUGAACGUUUGCUGGAAAUAUACUCACCCUCAGGCCAUCCAAGAUCAGAGAACGAGAAUGUAGCAUUGCAUCACAGUGAAUGGGUGCCGUCGGAACGAGAGGCCAAACAGCUGAUAAAAACAUCACAAUAAUCCACAGCACUCCAGUCCAUCAGUGAACAUCUGGAACAUUUUUAAAUAGUCUAUAAUCCAUAAUAACACUUCCUCCAGUUAAAAAGUGGUCUGGUCUGAUUUAGGAGAGAGAUCUGCACAGAUCACACCUUUUACAAACCGAAAACAUCCAAAAAACAGCAGAUUGUGGGUGAAUUUUGAUGUGAGAGACGACAGGAGAUGGACUUUUUCACUGGAGGGAGAGUUAUUAUUGAACAUACACUUUUAGUCGAAAGCAACAGUUUGACGUUAUGAAGGUCUGGAUGGAUUUGUUUCAGCUUCUCCAGAUGGUAACUGAUGGACUGCAGUGCUGUGGAUUAUUGUGAUGCUUUUAUCAGAUGUUUGGACGUUUCCAGCUAAAGUUCAUUUUUAAGUGAACUAUUCCUUUAAGAAUGUAUUUUUGCACAGAAAAUGAUUGUUUGUUUUGUUUUGUGUGUGUUUAUUGUAUGUUUAUUAGUUGUCAGAAGCAUUCCAGCUGCUCUCUGCCUUGAUGAUUUAAAACUGCAUAUCCUUCGCAAGCCUCUUUAUCAUGACAAAUAAAUCAAGUUUUUCAUUUAAA